AACAUCAAGGUCACCUCUAAAGACUGAAACUUCAUAAUCUGAUCUCAAUUAAAACAGGGCAAAUCUGUCAACUUUGUAACUCGACCGACAUACAAACUCUUUGCCAUAUAAUGUGAUUCUAACGUCUUUUUCUUCUUUGUUGGAGACGAUAUAAACUGUCUCUGCUUAUCAGUGUGUCGUUGGUGGUUCUUCUCUCUUCAGCAAAUAGCCAAAUCACAGUUGACUCGGAAGACGCUGCAUUAAAUUGUGACUUGAAUCCUUGCAUGUCUUGAUUUCACUCAUCAUCAUAUAUUGAAUCGCGAGAAAACAUUCAAUAAAUCAAAUUCUGUUAUAACUUCGAGGCUCCAUCUGUAUGUGAUAUAUACAUGCUUUUCUUGCGUUAUUUGUGACAAAAACGUUGAAACCUUAAACUCCCUACUUUGGCUAGUAAAAAAUAAGCUUAAUCCAUCACCUGUUCAAUUCAUUUAUUUCGAAGAUCAAUUAAUUGGGCCCUUUCUGCGGGAAAAGAAUCCGUCGGCUGUUUUUCUGAGAAAAAAAAACAAUCCCUCGGAGAAAAGGCGUUUUGUCGAAAAGAGUUCUGAAAGCUUGAAAGGAAAGAUCGAAAACCACUUCCACAUUUCUAUGGAGACCAAUUACCAGGCUAUUUCGCACAGUUCCCCUGAAGAAGAUAAAAAGAAAAUAGGAACACGGAGCGCUUCAGGAAAGAUUACAAAGACAUCUCGGAACGAUGUCAACAAGUCAUCCCAGAUUUCGCAGAAGAUCAACACGCGGAGCCAUCACAAGUUGGAAUUGAGAGACACUUCUGCGUCUCGCGGGGGAGGGGGUAGUGACCUGCUGAAGACAAACAGUGCGGCAAACAAGUUCUUCAAUAGCCACACUUCUCUAAACAUCAUAGGUAGUAUGGUCACUAUAGACCAGGCGACCAGUGUGUCGACUAGCCGACUGACCGCCAGACAGAAGCUCUACCUCAUCACCAUCGUCAUCGCCAAGUUCGUCCACCAACUCUGUACGUUCUGGGGUGCAAUAGUCUACCCCCUGGAGGCGUCCAGAAGGGGCUUCGCCAAAAUGCACAUCGGAAUGACACUCAUCUUUGUCAGCAUUGCCAGCUGGUGCACAUCCAUAGUCCUCUCUACUUCUUUCCUCAAGUUCGGAGGGAGGAGGGCCGCCUUCAAUCUGUUCAUCACUGGAAGUCUCAGCUACGGACUGCUGACCACCGCCAUCUCUCUCUCCUCCCUCACCUCGGACAAGUUUCUGUUCGGACUCUCCUUCACCACCUUCUACUCCAUCAGGGGCAUGAGUCAGGCUCUUCUUUUUUCGUCCGUGAACACCAUUCUGCUAUCAGAGGAGUUCAGCGGACAUGUCUCCUUCGCCAAGGCACUGGACACUCUGGCAUACACUAUGGGCUCCAUCUUCUCCUUCAUCCUGUCCGGAUACUUGUACGGCCAGUUCGGGUUCAGAUAUGUCGUCAUCAUUCUGGGCUCUAUUCAAUCUGUCAUAUCUCUCUCUUACAUCUACCUGUUGCCCAAGAAAACACAAAGCACAGAAAGUACAGUGGACAAGGUCACCGCCAGCACCAGCUUCAAGGUGAUCGCCAGAGUUGUGCGCAACCCCGAGAUCCUCUGCACCCUGAUGAGUCACUGUCUCGUCUACUUCACCCUCUUCUACCUCUCCCCCAUCUUCACCCCCUACGUCACCUCCGAAUUCGGACUCUCAGCCGUCUUCACAGGCAUGAUAGCCUGUCUGCCUUAUUUGGCAAUGUCGCUCUUCGGCACCUCGUGGAGUUUCGUUGCCACUAACCGGUUCCGCAGAAAGUUUUGCCUCACUAUCCCACUUAUAUUGUUUGGGUGUAUAUCGUGGCUGUCUGGCCCGGACCCCCUCCUGACUCAAAACUCCAGUCUGAUAUCUCUCUCUAUCACUCUUUUUAUCGGUGGAGGGUUUCUUGUCUCCAAUCUUGUGUUGAACACACCGGAGCUUCGCGAUCAGGCCGAGGAUCACGGCUACAACACCGAGGACAUUUGCAUCUCGGCAACCCUCGCUUCUCUGCUGACGUCAUUCGAAUUUCUCGGAGAGAUUGUCGGUCCGCCGAGUGGAGGUUGUCUGGCCGAUUUGUUCUCGGAGCGACGAGCAUUUUCAAUAGGAGGCUCGUUAGUCGGACUAAUCGGAGUAAUUAGAGCAGUAAUUUAUCUUGUGAACUAUUUUAAACGCAAACAGAGUGUUGAAAACUUGGUCCGAACUAAAUCUAGUUACAUUUGAGUUUGCGUUUCGGUAUAACACUACAGAAAAAAAAAAUACUUUUGUUAAACAUUGAAGAUGUAUUUGAAUUUUGUUCAUUAAUAAUAAUACUUCGAUAAAUUUACAUGCUCGAAAGCUCCGAAAUAUGAGACUCAAAAAC